UAAAGUUAUAUAUUAAUUGUUCUAAUAAAAAUAGAAUAAAAAAUUAUGUAUAUAAAGAGUUGUAUUUAUAAUUUUUUUCAUUUAUAUUAAAAUGUUAAUGAUAUAAAAUUUGUUGUUAAUUUUAUUAUAUAAUAUAUUACGUUUUAUAUUGGUACAUAUAAAAUAUAUAUUGGUACAUGUAAAAUAAAAAACAAUCACUGUUGAGAAAUAUGUUUUAAAUAUAUUAUGAAUCAUAUGUUAUAGGUUAAUUAUUACGUCAAUUGGCUAAGUCUACCAAGUCUACGCGCGCUUAGUAAACUUCUAGUUAACAUCUAAAGUGCAGCUGGCCUGACAGCCAUUCGCCGAAGCUGAACCCGCAGUCAACAAUGCACAAUUGAAUCAAUGGAACAAACAGAUGAGAGAUGACAGACGCAUGAGAACCAUAUGAGACCAUCGUUGUUUGCAGAAGCGACAGCUCUGUGGCGCUACCUAUCGCCCGACGAUUCCAAUGAGUGUGCGUGAGAGACUGACAGAGAUCGGAUCAGAGUAUGAGAAUGAGGGUGAAAGUAUAAUCGUUGGUUUCAGCCAGCUGUUUAUUUUUUAUUUCCAGUGUUAAAAUAUCACGCGACACUUAUUUCAAAUGUAGAUUCGAUUUAACAUCUUUUGCGUCGAUUUUUUUAUAAUUAUCACAGAAAAAUAAAUAGCGAGGUGAUUUAUUUUUCAACCAAUGAGUCCUUCAAAAACCAAAAGAGAUAAAACUAAAGAUUCCCACUAUGAAUUGGUCCCUUUACAUAGGAGACCUGACUUAUUACAACAGUGCUGUAAAUUAUUGAAUUCUGAAUGGAAAAGAAGUGAAACUGCACGAUUAAGAAGUUUGAAUGUUUCCUGUGAUAAUUUCCCAACUUCUCUUCUUUUACUCGAUAAAAAAAAUGAAUUAAUUGGUCACUGUAAAGUAUCACUACUUGAUAAUGUAACUAACAGUGUGAUAAUAGAAUCAUUUAUCAUUCAUCUUGCCUACCGAUUUCAAGGACUAGGAUCAUUGUUAUUGCAAGCAGUAGAAGAUUAUGUUUACAAAAUUGGAAUCAGACAUGUAUAUUUGAUGACAAAAGGACAAGAAAAAUUCUAUUUGAAGAAUGGUUAUGUUAUUUGCGAGAAAAUUAAACAAUUUCUGAAUUUUACAAAGAAUAACACUUCUCAACAAAUAACAGAAAACAAUUUAAAUUUAGAACAGAAAAUAAUGACCAGUGGUCCACCACCACCACCAAUGCCUAAUAACUUGAGACCACCACCAGCACAUAUUUCGUUCACAUUAUCUACACAUACUUCUAUGAAAAAAACACUAGAAUUUUAAUAUUGAAAAAAUAU